ACUCACACACACACCCUCACACACACUCUCACUCUCGCUCCCACUCUCACACACAGCAGCUCACACCUCACGACUGCCGGGGUCACUGCAGGAGGCAGAUCAGUGCGUUUCCCAGAGCGAGGUCGGAGAGAAGCACACACACUAGCAGGGGAAAAUGAGCGAACUGGACCAGCUACGCCAGGAGGCUGAGCAGCUCAAGAACCAGAUCCGGGAUGCCAGAAAAGCUUGCGCCGAUGCCACCCUGUCCCAGAUCACAGCCACAUCGACCCAGUGGGGCGGAUUCAGAUGCGCACCAGGAGGACACUGAGGGGUCACCUGGCCAAGAUCUACGCCAUGCACUGGGGAACCGACUCCAGGCUUCUAGUCAGUGCAUCCCAGGAUGGCAAGCUCAUUAUUUGGGACAGCUACACCACAAACAAGGUCCAUGCCAUCCCCCUGCGCUCCUCGUGGGUCAUGACAUGCGCGUACGCCCCCUCUGGUAACUACGUGGCCUGUGGAGGUCUGGACAACAUCUGCUCCAUCUACAACCUCAAGACCCGUGAAGGCAACGUCCGUGUCAGCCGUGAGCUGGCAGGGCACACAGGGUACCUCUCCUGCUGUCGUUUCCUGGAUGACAAUCAGAUUGUCACCAGCUCUGGAGACACCAGCUGUGCUCUGUGGGACAUUGAGACUGGGCAGCAGACGACCACCUUUGCGGGCCACAGCGGAGACGUGAUGAGCCUCUCCCUGGCCCCGGACACACGCUCCUUUGUGUCGGGGGCCUGCGACGCCUCAGCCAAGCUGUGGGACGUCAGAGAAGGCAUGUGCCGGCAGACCUUCACUGGACACGAGUCCGACAUCAACGCCAUCUGUUUCUUCCCCAAUGGGAACGCGUUUGCAACGGGCUCGGACGACGCCACCUGCAGGCUGUUUGACCUGCGCGCUGACCAGGAGCUGAUGGUCUACUCCCAUGACAACAUCAUCUGCGGCAUCACCUCCGUGGCCUUCUCCAAGAGCGGCCGCCUGCUGCUGGCCGGAUACGACGACUUCAACUGCAACGUGUGGGACUCCCUCAAGGCCGACCGCGCCGGAGUGCUGGCGGGGCACGAUAACCGCGUUAGCUGCUUGGGCGUAACUGACGACGGCAUGGCAGUGGCCACAGGCUCCUGGGACAGUUUCCUCAAGAUCUGGAAUUAAAGCCAGCAGGUGGCAUCCGGACUCCAAAGUUGACUGGAAGACCAUUCUAACAUCAAACAAAUCGUUCAAUUUUAUUGCAUAUCCAAUUUUCUCAAACACAGCGGAAGAAAA